UCGCUUCUUAUUCACCCUCGCCUCGUUCACUUUCAAAGUUUACUCCCGGCCGGGACCCGCGGCAGAAGCGAGCCAUGGCUGUCUACCUCGGGAUGCUGCGCCUCGGGAGGUUGUGUAUCGCAAGCCUGGGGGCGCGGGGGCCCCGGACGCUGCUCUCUCGCCCUCGGCCGAACUCGAAGUUGCAGGGCGUCCGCGCUCUCAGUUCUGGAAUGGUGAACUGCACCAACCCCUUGCCCAUCGGAGGCCUCAGCUACAUUCAGGGCCACACCGACUCCCAUCUUGUGAACACAACUGUGGGCGAGUGCCUGGAUGCCACAGCGCAGAGGUUCCCCAACAGAGAAGCUUUGGUUAUCCUCCAUGAAAACAUCAGGCUGAACUUUGCACAGCUCAAGGAGGAGGUGGACAAAGCUGCAUCUGGUCUUCUGAGCAUUGGCCUCCGCAAGGGUGACCGGCUGGGCAUGUGGGGACCCAACUCCUAUGCCUGGGUGCUUAUUCAGCUGGCUACCGCCCAGGCAGGCAUCAUCCUGGUGUCUGUGAACCCAGCCUACCAAUCAUCAGAACUGGAAUAUGUCCUCAGAAAGGUAGGCUGCAAAGGUAUUGUGUUCCCUAAACAAUUCAAGACCCAGCGAUACUACGACAUCCUGAAGCAGAUCUGUCCUGAGCUGGAAAAGGCUCAGCCAGGGGCCUUGAAGAGCGAGAGACUCCCAGACCUGACUACAGUCAUCUCGGUGGAUACCCCUCUGCCGGGGACCCUGCUCCUGGAUGACAUAGUGGCAGCCGGUGGCAAGGAACAGAACCUAGCCCAGCUGCGGUACAACCAGCAGUUCUUGUCCUGCUAUGACCCCAUCAACAUCCAGUUCACCUCGGGGACAACUGGAAACCCCAAGGGGGCCACUCUUUCCCACCACAACAUCGUAAACAACUCCAUGCUGAUAGGCCAGCGUCUGAAGAUGCCCACAAAGACUGCAGAGGAGUUGCGAGUGAUCCUGCCCAGUCCCCUGUACCACUGCCUGGGCUCCGUGGGGGGUACAAUGGUGUCUAUGAUGCACGGUGCCACCCUCCUCCUGUCUUCUCCAAGCUUCAAUGGCAAGAAGGCACUGGAAGCCAUCAGCAAAGAGAAAGGCACCCUCUUGUAUGGGACACCCACGAUGUUUGUGGAUAUUCUGAAUCAGCCAGACUUCUCCAGUUAUGAUUUCACAAGCAUUCGUGGAGGUGUGAUUGCUGGGUCCCCAGCACCCCCGGAAUUGAUUCGAGCCAUCAUCAACAAGAUGAACAUGAAGGAGCUGGUGGUUGUUUAUGGAACCACAGAGAACAGUCCCGUGACCUUCAUGAACUUUCCCGAGGACACCCUGGAGCAGAAGGCUGGGAGUGUGGGCAGAAUUAUGCCUCACACAGAGGCCCAGAUCGUGAACGUGGAGACGGGGGAGCUGACCAACCUGAAUGUGCCUGGGGAGCUGUAUAUCCGAGGGUACUGCGUCAUGCAGGGCUACUGGGGCGAGCCACAGAAGACCUUCGAGACGGUCGGACAAGACAAGUGGUAUCGGACAGGAGACAUUGCUUCGAUGGAUGAACAGGGCUUCUGCAAGAUCGUCGGCCGGUCGAAGGAUAUGAUCAUCCGUGGUGGUGAGAACAUCUACCCUGCAGAGCUGGAGGACUUCUUCCUCAAGCACCCACAGGUGCAGGAAGCGCAGGUGGUUGGGGUGAAGGACGAGCGGAUGGGGGAGGAAAUCUGUGCUUGCAUACGGCUGAAGAGCGGAGAGGACACCACAGCGGACGAGAUCAAAGCGUUCUGCAAAGGGAAGAUCUCCCACUUUAAGAUUCCCCGAUACAUCGUGUUUGUUGAAAGCUACCCUCUCACCAUCUCAGGAAAGAUCCAGAAAUUCAAACUCCGAGAGCAGAUGGAACAGCAUCUAAAACUCUGAAGCAAAGGAAGGUCCUCCCAGAGCCCCUCAGUCCUCCCACACAAAGGAGGGUCCUCCCAGCCCUCCCAGAGCCCCUCAGUCCUCCCACACCAGGAAGGUCCUCUCAGAUUUUGCUAGCCCUCUAACACAAUGAAGUGCCCUCCCAGCCCUUCCCAGUCUUCCCAGGCCCUCCUCAGUCCUCCCACAAAAAGGAGGGUCCUCCUAGUCCUCCUCAGGCCCCUUAUCAUCUUUGUGACUUGGCGUAAAGACUUCCCUGUUUGGCCAGUGUCUGGCUGGUGCUCUCUCUCUGUAGUUCCUGUGGGAUGGAGAAGGGAAGAGACAGGAGGGCAGUCAGCGCCCUCAGACCCAAUCUCCCAGCACUUUACUGUCUGUGCGUUAGUUACUUAAUCUAAGCCCCACGCUGUCCUCUUGAAAUUCCAAGCCACCCUCAUUUUUUUCUUUCUUUUUGGCUUUUUGUUUUGUUUUGUUUUUGUUUGUUUGUUUGUUUGUUUUGUUGUUUUCCCUUGAGACAGGAUCACCCUCUGUACCCCCUGGUUGCACGGAGUAGAUCAGGGUGGUUUCGAACUCACAGAGAUCUCAUUGCCCCUGCCUCCAGGGUGCUGGGAUCAGUCUUUUGUGCUGCCGUGCCUGGGUUUUUAUAUGCUUUACUCAUUUAAUCAUUUUUCAAAUUGCGGCCACAGAUCAGUCCCGAAGUGAGGGUUCCGUUUUGCUUGUUUUCCAAGGCUGGGAACCUUAAAGCCCCUCAUGAGUACAUAAGCACCCUUCCCCUGGCCUGCACUCCUGGCCCAAUAAUUAUUGUUUUGUUGCUGUUGAAAUAACAGUUUUGAGUGCUGGAGAGGGGGUUCAGUGGUUAAGAGGACUGACUGCUCCCCCAGAAGAUCCGAGUUUGAUUCCUAGCACCCACAUUUCGCAGCUCACAACUAACCUUUAAGUCCACCUACAGAGGAACGAUGAUCUCUUCUGGCCUCUGUGUCCCCUGUGCGCCCCCUAGCAUGUGGUGUGUGCUUACAUAGACACAUGCAAAUAAAUCAAAAUAAAUCUGUAAAGCCCGAUUGAACUGUAACUCACAUACUCACAUCCUAUCCAACACGUUUUAAAGCACACCCCAUAAGCAUUUUAAUUUGAAUAUAUGUAUGACAAGUACCAAAGCCAACUUUAAUCAUUGUUGUCAUUGAUGUCACAGCCAGGUGGUGGUGGCACAUGCCCUUAAUCCCCAGCACUCAGGAGACAGAGACGGAAGGAUC